AUGAACAUUUUUCGCCUUUUAGGUGACUUAUCGCACCUUUUAGCCAUUAUUAUAUUGCUAUUAAAAAUAUGGAAAACGCGAAGUUGUGCCGGUAUAAGCGGAAAAACGCAAAUAUUAUUUGCAAUAGUUUAUACGACACGAUAUCUAGAUCUGAUAAACACAUACAUUUCUAUCUACAACACUUUAAUGAAGAUAAUUUUUCUCUCGGCAUCAUUUGCUACGGUGUAUCUAAUGUAUAUCAAAUUCAAGGCUACAUAUGAUCAUAAUCAUGACACUUUCAGAAUUGAAUUUUUGAUUAUACCUACCUUUGUACUAGCUUUAUUGAUAAACCAUGAACUAACGGUUGUAGAAGUUUUAUGGACCUUUAGCAUUUAUUUGGAAUCCUUCGCAAUAUUGCCACAAUUAUUUCUUGUUUCCAAAACAAGCGAAGCAGAGAGUAUUACCAGUCACUAUCUCUUUGCUUUGGGAUCAUACAGAGGCUUAUAUUUAUUAAAUUGGGUUUAUCGUUAUUAUGCAGAAGAUCAUUAUGAUUUGAUCGCAAUUGCCGCCGGUUUGAUUCAAACAGUUCUUUAUUGUGAUUUUUUCUACCUCUAUAUUACCAAAGUACUGAAAGGCAAAAAGUUACAAUUACCUGCUUAACUGUAUCUUAAUAUACUUCUUAGAAAGUAUGUUGGGAUGGUGAUUUGAUUUUCAAAUUAUCUUACAUAGCUAAUUUUACUGGCGUAACUUAAUCCUAACAUACUUCCUUGAAAGUACAUCAAACUAACUGUCAAUCGAAGCAUAAUAGUCAUUUGAAUUGUAAUUAAAAGUUGGUUAUACUUGA